ACACUCAUUGAGAAGAAAGAAAAACGUCAAGGGAUUAGUCUAGGUUUUGGCUUGCCCCGGUUAUCUAGAAGAAAGUUUUUAUCAAAAGAUACAAUCUUUUUUUGUACCAAUACGCAAUGAAUCAAACACUCGCUGCCCAAUUCUUAACCCGAGACCAAGUCACCAACUUUGUUGUACACGAAGGUAACGGUGUUAAAGGCUUGUCUGAGACCGGAAUCAAAGUUCUUCCUGACCAAUACAUUCAGCCAUUCGAAGAGAGACUGAUCAACUUCCACGUAAAAGAGGAUUCAGACGAAUCCAUACCCGUGAUCGACAUAUCAAAUUUAGACGAGAAGAGUGUCUCCAAGGCCGUAUGUGAUGCUGCAGAAGAAUGGGGUUUCUUUCAGGUGAUCAACCAUGGCGUGUCAAUGGAAGUUCUUGAGAAUAUGAAAACAGCUACUCACAGAUUCUUCGGUUUACCGGUAGAAGAGAAAAGAAAGUUCUCAAGAGAGAAGUCUUUGUCAACGAAUGUGAGAUUCGGGACGAGUUUUAGUCCUCAUGCUGAGAAAGCUCUCGAGUGGAAAGAUUAUCUGAGCCUCUUCUUUGUCUCUGAAGCUGAAGCAUCACAACUCUGGCCUGACUCUUGCAGGAGUGAAACGCUAGAAUACAUGAACGAGACAAAACCUCUAGUGAAGAAACUCUUACGGUUUCUAGGCGAGAAUCUGAACGUGAAAGAGCUAGACAAGACCAAAGAGUCAUUCUUCAUGGGUUCAACACGUAUCAACCUCAACUAUUACCCUAUUUGUCCCAAUCCAGAACUCACGGUUGGAGUCGGACGUCACUCUGAUGUUUCCUCACUCACAAUCCUCUUACAAGACGAGAUCGGUGGUCUCCACGUUCGUUCUCUCACCACGGGGAGAUGGGUUCACGUGCCUCCAAUCUCCGGAUCUUUAGUCAUUAACAUUGGAGACGCUAUGCAAAUCAUGAGUAAUGGUCGUUACAAGAGUGUUGAGCAUCGUGUCUUAGCUAACGGUUCUUAUAACAGAAUCUCUGUUCCUAUUUUCGUGAGCCCGAAACCAGAGUCUGUGAUCGGUCCUCUUCUUGAAGUGAUCGAAAAUGGAGAGAAACCGGUUUAUAAAGAUAUUCUUUAUACCGAUUACGUGAAACAUUUCUUCAGAAAAGCUCAUGAUGGGAAGAAAACCAUCGAUUUUGCCAACAUUUGAUUUCUUCUUGUUUUCAUCUAAAGAGUUCUUGUACUAAAAAGAUUCUUGCUAAUAUGUUACUUUGGUGUAACUAAGCUUAAGGUUAAAUUUCGGUUUGUUUCGAUGAUUUUGGUUUCUCUGUUAUUACUAGUAGGCAGCCCGUGCUUUGCACGGGAAAAUAACAAAUACCAAUAGUAUAG